UACAAGCACGAUUUAAUACUUUAUUCAUUGUCAAGGUUUAAUCAUGGUAGAAGUUACGUCACUAAUAGCACAAAAAUAAUUUUAAGACUGAGAUAGAAAUUAGCAUCACAGUAUCCCAUCUACUCUGCCCUCUACACUACACGUAACACGAUUGCUAGUAUCAGAAUGAACCCGUGCGAGCUACCGCCGUGCCCGCCAUGCCCGCCGCCGCCGUACCCGCCGUGCCCGCAGGUGUGCGGGCCGCCGCCGCAGCCCCCGCUGCCGCCGUGCCGGCCCAAGCCCACCAUGCGCGGCCUGCACUGGGCUCAGACUAAGCGCAAGAUAUUCCAGGCCUUAGUGCUGAGUGCUAUAGCUGGGACACUGGUCUACACACUUGUUGGUUUGAAACGGAGAGAGGCCUACAGGGACUUCUAUGAAAAAGGUGAAUUUGACGAUUGGGCCGACGACAUGGCUAGAAAAGGCCUUUUUCAGUCGGUACCAGCUGAAGCUAUCACUGACACUGGAACUAAAAAGAAAUGAUACGUUUAAUAGAUUCUCCAUUGUUCAACAGGCGAUUAUGUCCUUUUAAAAUUUAGUAACAACAUACCUGAACAUUUUGAUCGUUUACCCGUUUCGACAGUAAUGUUGUUAUUAUUCAGAUAAUGUUAAUAAAGGACUAAUAAUUAAA